UGAGAGAAGUCAAGAGGUGAAGUUAAUUUGGCUUGAAGACUUCCUACCCUAGCUUCUCUUCCCUACCACAGUCCACUGAGCCUAUCUGACUCUGCCUCUCUCUUGCUUGUUGGCUCCAGCAAAGUAGUCGAAGUGGCUGCUGACCCUGGAAUGUGCACUUCAGUGGACACUCAAGUACUGCUUUUUUUGCAGCUCUUAUUCCACUGGACCACUGAGGCUCAGGCUCAGGUUCAAACUCCCUUCAUUUUACCACUGAAAGUCUCUCCAGUCGGGCUAAAAGGUGUUUUGUCUCACCUACCCCAAGUAAGUGCAUCGCUAGCUGCACCACUUGGGAAUGAGUCCAGGGGACGCUUGUCGGAUGUGGCUUCAGGGGGGUUAGCUUUAGCUCUGGACCCAGAGAGAGGAUUGGUCAACUUCUUGCCCAUGGUGGAUAAUUUGCAAGGGGACGCUGGCAAGGGUUACUACCUGGAGAUGCUGAUUGGGACCCCUCCACAAAAGCUGCAGAUUUUGGUUGACACUGGAAGCAGUAACUUUGCUGUGGCAGGUGUCCCUCAUCCAUAUGUGACUUCAUACUUUGACAAUGAGAAGUCUAGGACAUAUCACUCCAAAAAUUUGAAUAUCAAUGUUAAAUAUACACAAGGAAGCUGGACGGGAUCAGUUGGUGAAGAUGUGGUUACUAUUCCCAAGGGAUUCAAUAGUACGUUUCUUGUCAACAUUGCUAUUAUUUUUGAAUCUGAAGAUUUUUUUUUACCAAAAACUAAAUGGGAUGGAAUACUUGGACUUGCAUAUGCCAUAUUAGCCAAGCCAUCAAGUUCAUUGGAGACAUUCUUUGAUUCCCUUGUGAAACAAGCAAAGAUACCUAAUAUUUUCUCCAUACAGAUGUGUGGUGCAGGAUUACCAAGAGACAGAACUGGUACCAGUGGAGGUAGUCUUGUUAUGGGAGGAAUUGAACCAAGUUUGUAUGAGGGUGAUAUAUGGUACACAACAAUUAAAAAGGAAUGGUAUUACCAGAUUGAAAUUCUGAAAUUGGAAAUUGGAGGACAGAACCUGAAUUUGGAUUGUAGUGAGUAUAAUGUAGAUAAAGCAAUUGUAGAUAGUGGCACCACUCUAUUCCAUCUGCCUCAGAAAGUCUUUGAAGCUGUGAUUGAAGCAGUUUCCCAUACAUCUUUGAUUUCAGAGUUUUCUGAAGGAUUUUGGACUGGUUCUCAGCUUGCGUGCUGGGCUAACUAUGAAACACCUUGGUUGUAUUUUCCCAAUAUUUCCAUAUACCUGAGGGAUGAGAAUUCUAGCAAAGCAUUCCGUAUCACAAUUCUGCCUCAGCUUUAUAUUCUACCUAUCUUGGGAACUGACUCAAAUUAUGGAUGUUACCGGUUUGGCAUCUCAUCAUCUACUAAUUCUCUCAUAAUUGGUGCUACCAUCAUGGAAGGUUUCUAUGUUGUAUUUGAUAGAGCUCAGAAGAGGAUAGGAUUUGCUUUGAGUCUCUGUGCAGAAGUUGAUGGUGUUCCAGUAUCUGAGAUUUCAGGACCUUUCUCAACAGAUGACAUAGCAAGCAGUUGCAUCCAUGUCUCACCUUUGACUGAAUCCAUUUUGUGGAUUGUCUCAUAUGCUCUCAUGAGUUUGUGUGGAAUUAUCUUCCUUGUAUUAAUCACACUGUUGUUUCCAUUCUGCCAUCUGUUUUCAUCUCGUGAUCCUAAUUUAGUCAAUGAUGAAUCAUGUCUAGUCCAGCAUCGCUGGAAAUAACCAUCUUGAUUCAGACCCAAGGAAUUGGGAGCCUACUAUUAACAGUUUAAAUAAAAAAUACAAGGAACACAAACUAAGGGUUUUUUUCCUAUAUACAUUGUAGAGUUGAAUCAUUGUUUUGUUGCUAUAUACCAUCCAGAUUUCCAUGUUCUAAGCUUUGAUUUUUUUUUAAAUUUCCGAUUCUCAAGGAGCAAAAAACUAUCCUAAAUCAAAAUAUUGUAAAUGAACUUCAGCCUCUAUUACUAGUUAUUGCAUGCCAGAGUUAAUGGUAUACUUGAAACUGAAAAGUGAUUAAAAGUUCUCUUAUACCUCAAAAUCUCUUCCAAAGUAGAGAAUAUAAUUUCAAAUUUCAGCCACAAAAAUAAAAUAAGAAUUUUUUUCAUUACUCAU